AUGGAAGUGAUCUUAAAGAUAAAAUUAAAUAAACAGAAGGAAUGUCACACACCUACAAUAAAGUGGUAUAUGUUAGAGAAGAAUGAGUGUGCAGAAAAAAUUAGAGAAAGAGUGGUUGAAAAAAUGAUAGAAAUGGGAGAUAUGAAAGGACGAGAAGUGAACGAAUGUUGGAAUGAAAUGGCAGGGUGUAUCAGACAUGCAGCAAAAGGGAUUUUGGGUAAGUCUAAAGGGAAAAGAGAUAGA